UUCCACGGGUCCAGAACCGAACCCGAUCCGAAUCCACCCGACACUUCCUCUUCUUCUUCCCUCUUUCCCCUUUUUUCUCCCAUUUCAAACCCUAAUUUCACCUCAAACCCUAAAUCCCCUAAAAUGUUGGAAUUACGAUUAGUUCAAGGAAGUCUUCUGAAGAAGGUUAUUGAAUCGAUCAAAGAUUUGGUGACUGAUGCCAACUUUGAUUGUUCAGCGACUGGUUUCUCUCUCCAAGCUAUGGAUUCAAGCCAUGUCGCACUCGUCGCACUUUUGCUACGAGCUGAGGGUUUUGAGCAUUAUAGGUGCGACAGGAAUAUCUCAAUGGGGAUGAAUCUUACUAACAUGUCUAAAAUGCUUAAGUGUUCUGGAAAUGAUGAUAUUAUCACUAUUAAGGCUGAUGAUGGAAGUGAUACUGUUACUUUCAUGUUUGAAAGCCCCAACCAGGAUAAAAUAGCUGAUUUUGAGAUGAAGCUGAUGGACAUUGACAGCGAGCACCUUGGAAUUCCUGAAGCUGAAUACCAUGCCAUUGUAAGAAUGCCGUCUGCUGAAUUUGCCAGGAUUUGUAAAGAUUUGAGCAGUAUCGGUGACACAGUUGUAAUCUCUGUGACAAAAGAAGGUGUUAAAUUUUCCACAAGAGGUGACAUUGGAGCUGCAAACAUUGUCUGCAGACAGAACACAACAGUUGACAAGCCUGAAGAAGCCACAGUUAUAGAGAUGAACGAGCCUGUGAAUUUGACCUUUGCACUGCGGUACAUGAACUCUUUUACCAAGGCAACACCCCUCUCAAACACUGUCACACUCAGUUUGUCUUCGGAGCUUCCUGUUGUGGUUGAAUACAAGAUUGCAGAGAUGGGUUACAUUCGGUUCUACUUGGCCCCCAAGAUUGAAGAAGAUGAGAAUGAAUAAUGAAUUUAGAAUUUUUAGUCUUUUACCUGUUGCUUGUUGCUGCAAGGCUUGUCUUUAAUCUAGGUUAAUGUUUGAUUUUUACCAGGAUUUCUCAUGCAUUAUCUUGCGUGAAUUUGUUAAAGCUAUGAAGAUUCUACUAUGCUUCAUUGCUGUUAAUUACUUUCUCAAAUUUACGCAGUUAGAAUGCUUGUUGCUCAAUUCUGUUUAGGAAUCUCUAGUUUUACUUUUCCAUUUGUAGUGUAUGUAAUGAUUUUUUUUCUCAAAGCUCUAUAAUGUGUUACAAUACUCCCGUUAUUCCUA